GACGAAUGUGCCUAAAAGACAUUUGCCGGCUAAUGGCGACGCCAGCUCCCGUAUUUUAGGCUCCCCACUCUCAAUACGACUGCGUUCUUUUCGCGGCUAAAAUCUUAAUUCUCUUCUCCCUCUCAAAUUUCUGAUCGCAACAAGAAAAACCAAACUUAGGUUAAUUCUCCUCUUUUUUCGUCCCUUGUUUUCUUCUCCUUCCCAUUUUCUCUUCAAUUGUUACCGAUCUCAAUUCAUAGGCUACCCGAUCGCUAUCAUUCAGGUAAAAUGGCAUCUUCUUCAGACUCAUGGAUGAAGGAAUAUAGUGAAGCAGCAAAGCUUGCGGAUGAUAUCAAUGGCAUGAUUGCAGAACGUAGUUCUUUUCCUGCUUCAGGGCCUGAAACACAGCGUCAUGCCUCUGCUACAAGGAGGAAGAUUACAAUUUUAGGGACUAAGCUUGAUAGUUUGCAGUCCCUUUUGACAAAACUUCCUGGGAAGCAGCAAAUAUCAGAGAAAGAGAUGAAUCGUCGCAAGGACAUGGUUGCAAAUUUGAGAACAAAAGUAAACCAAAUGGCUUCCACAUUGGAUAUGUCAAAAUUUGCCAACAGGGAUAGCUUGUUUGGUCCAGAAAUAAAGGCAGAUGAUGCCAUGCGAAGAACUGAAGGUUUGGACAACCAUGGCAUUGUCGGUCUUCAACGGCAAAUCAUGAGAGAGCAAGAUGAGGGCCUUGAGAAGUUGGAGGAGACAGUAACAAGUACAAAACAUAUAGCAUUGGCAGUUAAUGAGGAACUUGGUCUUCACACCAGGCUUAUUGAUGACUUGGACCAACACGUUGAUGUUACAGACUCCCGCUUACGGAUAUGUGGGGAUAUUCAUGGGCAGUUCUAUGACAUGAGAGAGCUUUUCAAAGUGGGAGGGGCUUGCCGACAGACUAAUUACUUGUUUCUUGGAGAUUUUGUUGAUAGGGGAUUUUACUCUCUUGAAACAUUUCUACUUCUACUAGCCCUUAAGGUGAUAUAUCCAGAUCGGAUAACUCUCGUUAGAGGGAACCAUGAGAGCUGUCAGAUAAUACAGUUGUCUUGCAGGUGUUUGGAUCCUAUGAUGAGUGCCUACGUAAAUAUGGCUUUGUGAAUGUUUGGACUUUGGAGAUAUUGCACAGAUAUAUUUGAUUACCUUAGGUAUGGUACAGAAAAUACAGGCUCUUCUACUUAAACAAGGUUUAAGGGUGCAAAAGAUAUAGAUCCACUGCUAAGUCCUCUUUUUUUCUUUUGGGUUGGGGGGCGGUGCUGGGUAGGGUGGGGUUGGGAUGUGGGUGAUAUCUGAGGCUUAUUGUCUCCGGCAGAUACUUCUUUGGUGCAUGAAAUUGAGUUUAUGACGUUGAUAAGUUAGAUGUUUACAAUUCAUAUAAGAUUGAUUUUAGUGUAGCUUAUGUUACUUUUUCACAUAAUAACGUCCUUCUGGUGUACUGUUUGUAUUAUCCAACUGGUAGGUACCUGAUUAUGAUUUCUUAUUUGGUUUUGUUGGAAACAAAUACUAAUAUUCCUUGCAGGAUCCUUAACA